GAGUCAAACUGUUGCCUCAGAUCCUUCAGAGUAGCGCACAGACGCCCGGUUAUUAUGAUGUCUCCUUUAGUUGCCCGCCUGCUGCUACUUGUUUGCUUGGCUUUGCCGCUUUAUGGAGUGGAAAAGGUGAGAAAUAGAGGAUACCGAAAGGAUCCUGACGCGGAUAAGUGCUCUGGAAAUGAUGCAGAAAAACCCAACUGCACUAGACACUCAGAAGAAGGAAGAAAUUUGAAAAACAUGUUUGGCAGCUGCAUGCAGGGUCCAGCUGGGGCUUCUGGACGGGACGGCAACCCAGGGGCCAAUGGUAUCCCUGGCACACCAGGUAUCCCAGGACGAGAUGGGCUGAAGGGGGAGAAAGGAGAGUGCAUCAGUGAGAUCUUUGAGGAGUCGUGGAAGCCCAACUACAAGCAGUGUGCCUGGAACUCACUGAACUAUGGGAUUGACUUGGGCAAAGUAGCUGACUGCACCUUCACCAAGCUACGCACUGACAGCUCUCUCAGGGUCCUGUUCAGUGGAUCUCUCAGACUUAAGUGUAAGAACGCGUGCUGUCAGCGGUGGUACUUCACCUUUAAUGGAGCGGAGUGCACUGGGCCUCUCCCCAUCGAGUCCAUUAUCUACCUAGAUCAGGGCAGUCCCGAACUGAAUUCAACCAUCAAUAUCCACCGGACAUCCUCAGUUGAAGGGCUGUGUGAAGGAGUGAAAUCUGGACUAGUGGAUGUGGCUGUCUGGGUGGGGACCUGUGCAGACUAUCCUAGAGGUGAUGCUUCAACAGGCUGGAACUCUGUAUCUAGGAUCAUCAUUGAGGAACUGCCCAAAUGA